GUUUUUUUUUUUUGCCUGCAUAUCCUGUUUUGUAACUCUAAUCUGUCCAGUUUCGCCACACCCAUUUAAUUACAUAAUUACCACAUUAUGCGCCUAUUUUGCUCACUCUCUCGAAACCUACAUAUUCGAACAUUUAUAGUACUAUGGAUACUGUUAUCACUCCUCAUUCUUAGUCCAUUUAUAGAUGCAGAACCGUCUAAUAUACCGUCUUUAUCACCAAAGAAUGCGGAAAAUAUACUUGAUCUAUUACAGCGGGGAGAAGCAUAUGAAAAAAAAUUGAUGGAUAAGAAACAACGACUUUACGAAAGCAUUCGACGACACAAAGUCUCCUCCAAUAAUCAACAUCAACAAGAUGAACUGUACACAUUAGCUGGUGUUCAAUUAGAGGACUUUAAAGCUUUUGAAGAUUUUGUGUUGGGCAUCUUACAAGUUUAUGAUACCACGGUUCGAAAAGAUCCUUUCAAAUUUACAAAUGAUUUCCGAAGUCCUGCUCUUAAACUAACAUUUGAGUUUCAACGAGCUGUCAAGUUGUCCCAUCAAAGGUUAAAAACAGCCACCGGUUCAUUAUCGGCAGCAGCAGCAGCAGCAGCAGCAAGAGCAGCAGGAGCAGCAGAAGCAGCAGAAGCAUCGCUACCAGAUCACGAGGCAGAAGCAGUAGGUAAAGCAGCGGAAAUGGAAGAGGAUAUGGCAUCGAUCGAUACGACCACUUGGGGAAUGGAAGACGUGGUCAAUGGCAUGUUACAUGAAGUGAGCCAACAUGCGGAUCAAUUAGAAGAUGAAAUGCAAAACAAUUUAAUGUUGUUAUCAACGGAGGAUGGAAGAGUAGAAACAGUAUUAAAAUUGACCAAUGAUCAAGGCAAUGGUCAAGGCGAUUCGAUGGUGACCUUGAUAGAUCAAGAUAAUAACGAGUAUGUCAUGAUGAAACCCUCGGAUACUACUGUUAUUACGGAAGAUAUAAAGUUAAUACAUGAUAUUAUUCUGAUCCUGAUUGUAUCAUUUGUACUGGGAUGGAUGUUCACUUGGAUUGGUUUACCUGCCUUUUUUGGUUACAUCCUCGCUGGUAUUAUGCUUGGCCCUUCCGGCUACAAUAGAAUUCAUGAAGUCAUUCAAGUAAAGACGUUAGCGCAAUUAGGUGUCGUACUCAUCAUCUUUGUCCUUGGUCUGGAAUUUUCAUUGGACAAAUUAAAGCGAAUGUGGAGAUUAGCUUUAGGAGGAGCUGUCACCAUCCUGCUUGUUACUGUGUUUUGCUUUGUCAUCAUGGCAUCCAUCAUUGGCGCAGACAUCAAAGAAGCAGUGUUUGUAGGAGCAUGCAUCAGUUUGAGUUCCACGGCUGUCGUCGUCAAAUGCAUCAAAUUGGAUCAUUUAGAACACUUGUAUGGCUUAUUAGUGAUGCAAGAUGUGAUCUUGGGUUUUAUGCUGGCCAUUAUUCCUGCCUUAUCGAAAUCAGGCAUUGAUGUACUGAUCGCUUUCUUAAAUAUCUCGCUCUCUUUCACCAUCUUUGGGCUUGUCUGUUACGCUAUUUUGCGCUUUAUGCCACUCAUCCCUCGUCUCCUUCGUCGCGUGGUACCUAUUCAUGCCAUCACCAAAAACCACGAGCUGAUGCUCCUUGGUACCAUUGCUAUUUGCAUGACGAUGCUCAUCGUUUCAGAACGCUUGGGGCUUGGUAUGGAAAUUGGUUGUUUUGCAGCGGGUGUAAUUCUUCGCUCUCGCAAAGGUCUCUAUGAAACCUCCCUCAAGGUGAUAGAACCUGUCCGUGAUACGUUUGCUUGCUUGUUCUUUGCGUCCAUGGGUCUUCAUGUCUAUCCAACCUUCUUGGCCAAAGAAGCCUUUUUACUAUUUACUUUGGCGGUUGGCGUUAUCCUCUUCAAAUACAUCUCUACUUGUCUCACGCUCGUCGUCUUCAAAUUUGAUCUGCAAAAGUCCUCCACGAUGGCCAUCGCGUUGGCACAAAUCUCAGAAUUUGGCUUCGUUUUGGCGUCACGUGGUAAGCAAUUAUCCAUCAUCUCACGUGAAGUCUAUUAUAUCUUGCUGGCAGUGACGGCUAUCACGUUGAUUGCAACGCCGUUGAUUUUGACAGCAUUGACGCUGAUCAACAAUAAAAGACUCGGUCUAGACAAGGGCAGCACAGGAGUAGGAGGCGGAGGAGGAAGUGGUAGUAGUACUGGAAACGGAGGUAGUAAUACAAAUCAGUUUAUGGGCACCACCAUGGUCAGUAGUAACUAUACCAGCUCUUAUCCAGAGCACGAAAAUGAGGUUAUCACAGGUCUUCAAGAUGCAGAAAAAUUAGCUUAGAAAAAAAAAAAAAGAACUCAUCAUACCGUCAUCGAAACAACCACUCUAUACUCGAACCAUUUUUAUCAUACCAUUAUAUCCAAUCUAGCGUACUUUGCAAUUAUCUUUUUCUCAAUAGAACAAUCAUAAUGAAUUACAAUUUUAGUCACCAUUUUGCAUUCUCCUUCUCUCUCUCUGUCUCCCUUCAUUCUUAUUCAUUCAGAAGGUAGAAAAAUAAAAAAGAAGGUUGUACUGUAACAUAAGUCUUUUGUUGGUGUUCUCAUCGAGAUCGUAUCAUAUUUAUUAGUGUAACUA